AUAUAUACGAGCAAAUUGCAGUCUCUCACGUGGACGUUGGUCUCGUCCAUCGAGACUUCUACACAUCCCCUAAUUGCAAUUAUAUUUGCAGGUGAUGUAUUUCAAAGAUUGCGAGUAUUUGCUUGGUGACAACGAGAUCAUCCCUUAUUUUUGUUUGCGCGGAGAAAGUUGUUGCGAUUAUGGAUGCUGCAUCACCACAUUCAGGAAGAUGGCACAGUUCUGGUACUUCUGGUUGAUCCUGAUAUUCAUCUGCAUGGGCAGUUUAGCUUGCAUUCAUUACUAUCGCAAAUUACGAGAGGAUCGAGUCCUUUUGAGGCACGUGCACAAUCGGAGACAUCGCGAAUUGGCUAAUCGGAUUUUAGUUGAUGAAAGAUGCAUCUACCAUCUGCAAGACGUUCCCAAUCGAACCUUCCCCGUCCAAAUUCAUCACGAACCUUCUACGGAUGAUGUGGUGGCUCCUUUUCCUGGUGUUAGCGCACCUCCAGACUAUUACACCACCGUCGAGAAGGAUGCCGCUUUGUAUACUGAACCUCCACCAAAUUACAGCACGGUUUGCGGACGAUGUCUUCAAGACAACGACACCAAAUUGGAAGUCGAUAUACCUGGUGUCACGAAUACAGAUAAUUCAAAACCUGAAAAUUAA